AUGAACAGUUCUCUUCAUACGGAUUUUUUGCCAGCAGUAGUCAGUGUCAGCGAGCAACAGGCGACAGAAAAUACGUAUAACGAAACUGAAAUAACACGCCAACAACAUAUAACUUCUCAGCACAUGUCUUCCGGACUUAAUCAAGAUGGGCAGCAACAAGUCCUCCAGAAAUCUGUUGCAUGCAUAAAUGCACAAUCGGAUCAGGCCCCUGGCGCUUCAAUAAUCAACCUUCAGCAACAGCAUCAGCAGCAUCAUCGUCAACAACAGCACAAAAAAAAUCUAACUGUUGCAUCAAUCUCAUUGCCGUCAGCAAGAGGACUUUCAUCCCUGGAGAGUGAUAGUACUAUCUCAGAUCAUGACAAGCAGCAAAAAUCCCGGAUAACAUUCUCGCGACUGCCGAUUACAACAAUGACAGAUAAAGAGGCGAAUACAAGCAAAACUACUGAAGAAUCGCAAUCCACCGAUGAUCCCGAUAGCCACAAAUUAGAAAAGGCAGAAUACAAGCAUAAUACCGAAGUCAGUCAUUUAAUAAAACAACUAGCUACAACAAAUGCAUCAUCAGUGUUGAUAUCCGAACAAACAGAUCGCAGAGAAAACAUGUCAAGAACUGCAUCACUUGCGAAAACCGAACCGAGACAAUCAAUUCGGCUAGACAACAAAGCCUCGCAGCCCCCAGGACCUGAUUGCACUUAUAAAUUUGCAGCCACACUAGCAAACAGUUCAGCAGCAGCUGGACACUCAAGUCCAGCAACGGGUCACGGAAGUGGCCAUCUCGAAAAGAGUGAAAGUGUAUUGGAAAUGAACACUGGACAAGACCCAAUUACUGGUGAAGAGCAGCCUAGCCACAUUUCUGAGUCACCAGUGGACCUUCCCGCUGAAACUCCACCAUUGGCCGUAAAACCUGAACUCCCAAAUAAUAGUUCUACUGCAAAACCAGAUAAUUGUUCGGUAACGAAUGUAAUUCCAGAACUUGGUUCUAGUGGACACGAGCGAGCUGCUGCUCCACGUUCAGCUGACAGUGAUCCUAUGGGUGUCGCUGGAACGAACACAAAAACUGUGACGCAAAUCAAAUCAAUAUCUGAAACGCACUCAAGCGAAAGUUCUGUUGCAAAAACGGGGCUGAAACCACCUUUCGAAACGCUGCUUGUCAAACCAAGAAUUCAAUCCCUGACACCUUUCCGAAAUUCCAAAACUAAUUCUGGCUCUAGUCUAGUUCCACCAAAUGGACAUUUAUCACACCGACAAUGGAUCGUUCCUGGUGCUGCAGAUGGAUUCCAAAUUGAUUCUGCUGGAAGCGGUGCACCUAUCAAAGAUAAUAAUAACAUUUCAGCGACCGAUGAGCAAUCUCAUCACGAACACUCAGAAUCCUUUUCAAAUUAUGACGAUCAUUUAGAAGCAAGUGGUGUAGCACUACAAAAUGAACGGGAUAGAAGUUCUCCCGGAUUCAGUCCACCCCGUUCAUAUACAGCUGCUGCAGGUUCACCCCGUCAUACAACUAGUCUGCAUCCAGAUGUCUUUGCCUCAUCGCCACAAACUACUAUUACAUUAAAAAUGCCUAAAGCGAGCUCAAAAACAGAAGAAAAUACAGAUGGGCUAGAGCACAAAGCAGUUCGCGUAGAAGGGGAUAUGGGCACAGCUGACGAAAAAGAAUCGUCGUUGAAUGAGUGGCUUCUGAAUAAUCAAGGAGUGUCACAGAGACCAAUUGCUGUGGCUACCAAGAAUAAUGUUUCGGAAUUCAUUACUGAUAGUUUGCAAAAUACGGAUGCUGUUUUAGUGGAAAAAAGCAAUGCAACUUUUCCGGAUCAGGACUGUAACACAAGUACAGAGGAUAAAGCAGAAUAUGGAAUUAAGAGCAGUGGAACCAACUCGAUAGAUAAAAAUGAUGAAAGUAACCUACAGGUGAUCUCAACAAAAUCUAUUAAUGAAAAAGAGGUAUUUCAUAUUCUCUCAAUCUAUUCUCAUUAG